CUGAGUUACUUUUUAAGUUUCUGCUUUCGAUGUGACGCGCCGGAUGUUGCUCCGAUGAAAAAUAUUAAAUAAAUAAAUAAAAGAUUGGAUUUCGACGAGUUUUUAUAAACAAAUUUAAGAAAAAGAACAAUUCAAACUCUUGGAAACAUGACAAAUGCAUCGCCAGCUAUAGGAAUCGACUUGGGUACAUCGUAUUCUGUUAUCGCCAUACACAGAAAUGAUGCGGUUGAAAUUAUUCCAAACAGUCAAGGGAAUAGGGUGACACCGUCGUGUGUGGCUUUUACGCGGGACGAACGAUUGAUUGGCGAAGGUGCAAUUUAUCAGGCUCCAAAUAAUGCGGAAAAUACAAUUUAUGCUGCAAAACGUUUGAUUGGUCGAAAAUUCGACGAUGAAGCCAUCCAAGGUGACAUCAAAAAGUUUCCUUUUUGCGUGAUGGAGGCGGAUGGUCAAAUGAAGAUCAAAGUCAACUACCGGAAUCAAGAACCAACCUUUUUUCCCGAGCAAAUCUCCGCCAUGGUAUUGGAAAAGUUGAAAGAAGACGCCGAAGCUUUUUUGGGACAUGCAAUUUCGAACGUUGUCAUAACCUGCCCGGCUUAUUUCAAUGACGAGCAACGCAAAGCGACGACAUCUGCAGCAAAUAUCGCCGGUUUGAACGUUCUACGCUUGAUAAAUGAACCCACAGCUGCUGCCUUGGCUUACGGAAUGAAUGUUCAAAAUGUCGGGCGAAAGAAUGUCUUGAUUUUCGACUUUGGCGGCGGAACUUUUGAUGUUUCCAUUUUGACAAUGAAGGAUAAGGACUACAAAGUACGUGCCAUCAAAGGCGACACGCAUCUCGGAGGCGAAGAUAUCGAUCAACGCAUGGUUGAGUACUUUACGGAGGAGUUUCAACGGAAAUUUGAUCGCGAUAUUAGCGGAAGCAAGAAUCUUUUGCGCAGUUUGAAGACGCAAUGUGAACGAGCAAAAGUUUUAUUGUCGCAAGACAUGCAGGCACCCGUCACUUUGGCAGGCACCAGUUUGACAGGAACCAUUUCGCGUGCCCGUUUCGAGGAUUUGAAUAACGAUUUGUUCGAAAAAGCGAUCGAUUUGGUAGCUAAAGCACUUCGCGAUGCGGAAAUGACUAAAGAUGAGAUCAACGAAGUCGUCUUGGUUGGAGGAAGUUCUCGCAUUCCACGUGUUCAGGAAUUGCUUCAAGAGUUCUUUGACGGCAAAGAGUUGAACAAAUCCGUUCAUCCCGACGAAUGUGUGGCUUAUGGUGCUGCUGUUCAAGCGGCAAUGUUGCAAAAAGCCACUUCCGAACGCAUGAAAGGCCUCACAUUGAUCGACGUUUGUCCCUUAUCCCUUGGCAUCGAGUUGUGCGACGAAAGUUUUUCCGUAAUAAUCCCGCGAAAUCACUCGCUUCCCGUCAAAAAGAUCAAAACCUUCUACACAACAUUCAACAAUCAAACGUGGACCGACGUGGAAAUCUUCGAAGGCGAACGCCCUAUCGCUCGUGCCAACCACUUUUUGGGUCAUUUCGCGUUAGAUGGCAUUCCGCCCGCUCCCAAGGGCGCCAAAGUCAAUGUCGAAUUCGAAAUUGAUGAAAACGGAAUUUUACUUGCGAGCGCUAUCGAGCCACGUACUGGCAAAUCCAGUAAAAUCACAAUUUUGAACAAAACUCGCUUGAGUAAAGAAGAUGCCGCACGAGCUCUGAAAGUCGCAGAGCAAAUGAAGCAAGAAGACGCAGCAACUAGACAAAGAUUCGCCGCAUUGCAUGAAUUGGAACAACUUUGCACGAAAAUUCGAGGCGAUAUUCAGUUGGUAGCUGAAGAAAAUCGCGAACGGGUUCUCGAAAAGGUCAUCGAGAUGCUGGAAUGGGCACACUUGAAUCGUUAUUCCGCCAAAGAAGCCAUCGAAGAGAAGAAGAAUGAGCUGGAAAUUUUCUUCAACAACUUUUCUCGUCGUAUUUGAACUAAAAAAUAUUCAAUUUUCAAUUAAAUAAAAUUUUUGGGUCAUCCUA